AUGGCUAAGAACUGUGCCGCCCGUCCAACAUGGCCGACACCUACGUCCACAUCACUGCUUUUGUCGUUUGAGAUAACAGAUUCCUUUAACUUUUUUUGUUUUUUAACUCCCCGUUUUAAAUUUAUAAUGUUUUUCUGCAUGACUCUUUUCUUUUACAGCUGUUCCGGCUUCUUUCUUCUUCAUCUAUCUUUAAUUUUUUAUUUUAUUUUAAUUGUUAUCUUUCUUUAUUUUUGUCUUUCUUUUCUUUCUUUUUCUUUCUUUUGUUCUAACUUUCUUUUCUUUCUUUCGUUUGUUUGUUUGUUUCUUUCUUUCUUUCUUUUGCUGUUUUUUUUUCUUCGUUUUUCUUUCUUUUUUUUUUUUUUCCUUUUUUUUCUUUUACAGCUGUUCCGGUUUCUUUCUUUGUCAUUGGUUUUUAAUUUUCUUUUGUUUUCUUGCUUUCUUUUUUUUUUUUUUUGUUCUUUCUUUCUUUCUUUCUUCCUUUCUUUCUUUCACAGCUGCUUCGGUUUCUUUCUUCCUCAUUUCUCUUUACUUUUGUCUUCUUUUUUCUAUUUUUCUUCUUUCUUUUUUCUUUCUUUUUCUUUUUUCUUUUCUUUCUUCUCUUUCUUUCUGUUCCGGUUUCUUCGUUCAUCUUUUCUUAUUCUUUCUUUCUUUCUUUCUUUCUUUCUUUCUUUCUUUCUUUUGUUUAUAUUCUCUAUCAAAAUAUUGUAUUGUUAG